AUGCCUACUGUCACAUCAGGGAAAGUCCUUGUCACCGGUGCCAAUGGUUUCGUUGCCGCCUGGGUUGCGCGCAAACUCCUUGAGCAAGGGUAUUCCGUUAGAGGCACUGUCCGAUCCAUCAACAAAGGCAAGUACCUGCAAAACCUCUUAUCCUCCUACGGCGAUCGUUUCGAGACCGUUAUCGUCGAGAACAUUACCAAAGAGGGAGCAUUCGACGAGGCGGUCAAGGGCGUUGAUGCGAUAGUACAUCCAGCAUCGCCUGUUCAUCUGAACAUAAAUGAGCCAGACGACGUCAUCGUACCUGCUGUCCAGGGGACAAAACGCCUCCUAGAGGCCGCGCUUGCGCAUGGGAACGCGGUCAAGCGCGUAGUCUACACUUCUUCCUGUGCUGCAGUCCUCGAGUUCCUGGAUACACCACGAACGUUCUCGGAGACCGACUGGAACGAGAAAUCCCUCAGAGAAAUGGAGGAUCCGCUACAAAGCUAUUGCGUCAGCAAGGUCCUUGCGGAGAGGGCUGCAUGGGACUUUGUGGAACAGAACAAGAACAAUUUAAGCUGGGACCUGGUUGCACUCAACCCCCCGUAUGUAUUUGGACCUCCCAUUCAGGAUGUGCGAUCGCCGGAGGACCUCAAUUCUAGUAUGGCGCAUUGGUUUGAGAGCGUCGUGAAGGGAUCACUUGUUGAAGCAGAAGGAAAAUGCUGGAUCGAUGUGCGCGACCUUGCGGAGGCGCAUGUCCUCGCCAUUACAUCUCAGGAAGCCAGCGGGGAAAGAAUUAUUGUCUCCAAGGGAGCCUGGAUAUGGCAGGAUUUCAUCACUGCGGCACACAAGGUCGAUGCUCAACUUCCUGCGGGUGACGAGUCUUACGACCCCACCAGUGUGACACAUAUGAUCCAGUUCGACACCUCGAAAGCCACUCGAAUCUUUGGAUUGAAGCUUCGCACUCUAGAGGAGAGCACACGCGAUAUGAUAGAGGAUUUCAAAGCCAGGGGUUGGAUUUAG